CCUCAGCAGCACCAGUACAGCUGCAGCAUCCGUAGCCUUCGCUUCGUUCCCCUCCUGUCCUUCCCUUUCCCUUGGCUUCCUGGUUUUGCUUGCUCCUCUGCCGCCCCGUCGCCGCCGUCUCCUCCGUGGCGCAUCAGGCAUUCGAACCCGCUCGUCAAAAGGAAUCCGUCCGCGAGAUCGAAAGCAACAGCUCCCGAUUAUUAAAGCCACGCUUUUUCAAAAGCCGCGGGGGUUAAAAACCCUGGGAAAUUUUGGAGGAAGCGAAAUUCGUUUCCUCGCAUCCGAAACUGCAGUUGCGUGCUCGAGGCGGGGGUGCACAGCCUAGAAGCUCCAGCGCCCGACGGCGCCGGCGCCCCGUUCUCUCCGUGGGAUCCUCCGCCGGCCGCCACUCCACUGAGCUCUGUGGUGGACUUGUGUGGAGAUUCAACCCGGCGCGGAUUGGACUGGUCGGUUCUUUUGCUGAAUACCACACAUGACAAGGGUUAUACAUGACUCUGGAGAAGGCGUGCAGAAGGAGGCACUUGAUCUGGUCUCUUCUGAUGUUAACUUCCCCAAGGGCCAUUUCCCGGACUACAGGAUUGGACCAAACAAUCAAAUCAUUGAUCCAGAGGAGGCACAUGAGGCUGUGCCUCUCAAGGAGAUUGUUGCAAAGGAAACAGCGCAGCUGCUAGAGCAGCACAAGCGCCUUUCAGUACGCGAUCUCAAAGAGAAGUUUGAGAAGGGUUUGUCUGGUGCUACCAAGCUGUCUGAAGAGGCUAAGCGGAGAGAAGCAGCUUCAUUAGACAGGCAGGUUCUUCUGAAGAAGCUCAGAGAUGUUUUAGACACACUGAAAGGCCGCGUGGCUGGUCGAAAUAGAGACGAUGCUGAGGAAGCUAUAUCGCUGGUGGAGGCACUUGCUGUCCAGCUGACACAACGAGAAGGGGAGUUAAUUUAUGAGAAGGCUGAAGUAAAAAAGUUGGCUAACUUCCUUAAGCAGGCUACUGAAGAUGCACGUAAAGUGGCUGAAGAGGAAAGGGCUCUUGCGCUUGCUGAAAUUGAAAAGGCUAGAGCUGCAAUAGAAAAGGUUGAGAAAGCAUUGCAGGUGCAUGAUUCUGCUUCAAGUAGCAGGGAGAAGGAGGAGAUAGAGGAACUUAGGAAAGAGGUCCGAGAGGCUAGGAGAAUAAAAAUGCUACACCAGCCAAGCAAGGUCAUGGACAUGGAGUUUGAACUUAAGGCACUGCGGACCCUCAUCUCAGAGAAAACUCAGCUUUGCAAUCAGCUAAAGAAAGAGCUUGCCAUGAUCAAGAGGCUGGAGGAGGAUAGUUCCGACCUCUUUGAGCUUGAAGGUUCUGAUACCCUUGGAUCACAGCUUUGUAUUAUCCCUCGAGUUGAUGGUGGUCCAAACAUAACAAACUGUCCAAUUCAGUGGUACCGUGUAAUUUCUGGAGGCACCAGAGAGCUCAUAUCUGGAGCAACAAAAUUUACAUAUGCUCCGGAACCGUUUGACGUUGGUCGAUUAUUGCAAGCAGAGAUAGUUUUGAAUACAGAUAAAAUUAUAGUUCAGACAGAUGGGCCUAUAGAGAAUGCUGCAGGACUUGAACGUUAUGUGGACUCACUAAUGAAAAGGACGGAUAUUGAGUUCAAUGUGGUAGUCACCCAAAUGAACGGGAAGGAUUACUCGUCAAAUUCUGUCCAUGUAUUUCACAUUGGAAAGCUGAGAAUAAAACUCCGAAAAGGAUGGUCUACAAAAGCAAGAGAGUCGUAUUCUACUACGAUGAAGUUAUGUGGGAGCCGUGGUGGUGGUAAUGCUGCAGCUAGGGCAGUUUUUUGGCAAGCUAGGAAAGGCUUGACCUAUACUCUAGCUUUUGAAACAGACAGGGAUAGGAAUGCUGCAAUUAUGAUUGCUCGCAAAUUUGCUUCAAAUUGCAAUGUCGCUCUCACUGGCCCAGGCGAUCAAGGCACCUGAUGAAGUGGAUCAUGCAUGUUUUUGACAGCGACACAGUACAUAAUUAGGGUGUGGAUUGGCUGAUUAGGUGGUUGUCUACUGGUGCUUGUGAGAGUAGAGGUUGUAUACUGCGUGAGGCUAUCCCCUUUUCAUAUGUUUUAUGGAGGCAUUGUUUUUGUUUGCCUGCCAGCAGCACUAGCCACGUUCUUGAAACAGGAUGUGCAAAAUUGAUCACUGUUCUUGUGCGUUAAGUCUGUAAUACUGAACGGAAAAGGCUUGGUCGUUAGUCUCGCUGGGAGACUUCCCUUAUUGAGUUACCAAGAAGUAUGUACAGACAGCUGGUCUCCUGAAGUCAUAUUAUUGAUGAUAUUCAGGUGGUAUUUAGUGGAUUUGUGAUGUGUGGACA